GCAUGCGUAUUCGUCAUUUCACCACACUUAGAAUUUGCGCUGUCUGUUGGCUCGGCCACACUUCUCAUGUAAUCUCUCUCAUUAUUCGGGCCAACGUUGAGUAUACGUAGGCAAAAUGAGUGUCGAAAACCCAGUUAGCGACAAUGAUUGUGAGUCAGGAAAAGUAAAUGGUAAUAAAACUGAACACGUGAACGGUAUCCACAACGGAUAUAGUAGUUCUGAGAAGCACAAAAGCAGCCACAAGUCAUCGAGCAAGGACAAGCAUCGCGACAAGGACCGCGACCACAAGAGCUCCAAGCACAGCAGCAGUUCAAGCAGAGACAAAGAUAAAGAAAAGCACUCCAGCAGUAAGAGCCACAGUAGCUCCCAUAAGUCCUCAAGCAAAGACAAGGACCGAAGUGAUAAAGAGCACAAAGAUCGCAGUGAAAAAGAGCAUAAAGAUCGCAGUGAAAAAGAUAAAGAACGCAGUGACAAGGACCGUAAAGACAAGGACAGAGAACGCAGUGACAAGGAUAAACACCGCGGUGAUAAGGACAAACAUAGGGAUAAAGACAGGAGCGACAAGGACAGGAGUGAUCGGGAUAAAGAUAAGCACAAGAGCAGCACCAGCAAUGGUGAAAAGAAAUCAUCAUCCUCAUCUAAAGACAAGGACCGGGAGCACAAGAGCUCAUCUUCAUCAAAAGAUAAGGAGCACAAGUCAAGGGACAAAGAUCGUGACCGAGAAAAGGACCGACACAGAAGUGACAAAGACAAACACCGCAGCGAUAAAGACAAACAUCGCAGCAGUAAAGAUAAAGACAAGCAUAGUUCUAGCAAAGAUAAAAAGAGUAGCAGUGAGAAACAUGAAAAAAUUAAGUCUGAACCUGAGACUGAAGAUCCAUUGAAGAUUGAGCCAAUGCAGUUGGAUGAACCAGAAUUAAAAAGUGAGGUUAAAGAAGAGCAAGAAAGUGAUGAUGGGUAUGAUGCUGGUGCUGUCAACAACACAACUGCCUCAUCUUGCGACUAUUCCCUGUCCCAGUUCAAGGAUGAGCCUCUGUCGGAGCUGCCUCCUGAGGAGGAGAGUGAGGAAGACACUCCUCUGUCAGCGCGCAUGGCACCUAAGCGUCGGGCCCCCAGUGAGAGUGAAGAUGACACACCAUUGACCAUGCGGAAAAAAACAAAGAAGAAAAAAGUUAAAAAAGAAUCUGGUUAUGAUGAGGAGAUGUCAGAAGAUGAACCAAAACCUAAAAAGAAAGCAAAGUCAAAGCCCGUUAAAGUUAAACAUGAGCCUGAAGAGAGUGUCAGUCCCACCAAGCGCAAGAAGAAGCAAGAAGAGGAAGGAGAAGUAUGGAAAUGGUGGGAGGAAGAAAAGAAGGAUGACGGAACUAAAUGGAAGUUUUUGGAACACAAGGGACCAUUGUUUGCACCAGAAUAUGAGCCUUUACCCGAAAAUGUCAAGUUCCGCUAUGACGGCAAAGUGAUGAGGCUGUCCGAGAACGCAGAGGAGGUCGCCGGGUUCUACGCGCGGAUGUUGGACCACGACUACACCACCAAGUCUGUGUUCAACACCAACUUCUUUGCUGAUUGGCGUAAAGUGAUGACCCAUGAAGAAACUAAGUUAAUCAAAGAUCUCUCCAAAUGUGAUUUUAAAGAAAUGCAAGCAUAUUUCCAGAGUGUAUCUGAGAAAAAUAAAAACCGAACUAAGGAAGAAAAGGCAGCAUUAAAAGCUAAAAAUGAGGAAAUUCAAAAAGAAUAUGGAUUUUGCAUCAUAGACGGACAUAAAGAGAAAAUAGGAAAUUUCAGAAUAGAACCUCCAGGCCUUUUCAGAGGGCGUGGAGAGCAUCCUAAAAUGGGUAUGUUAAAGCGACGAGUUAUGCCAGAAGAUGUGCUUAUAAAUUGUUCGAAAGACAGUAAAAUACCCAAACCGCCUGCAGGUCAUAAAUGGAAAGAAGUCAGACACGACAACACAGUUACAUGGUUAGCAUCAUGGACAGAAAAUGUGCAGGGUCAAGCAAAGUAUGUUAUGCUAAAUCCUAGUUCAAAGUUGAAAGGUGAAAAAGAUUGGCAAAAAUAUGAAACUGCAAGGAAGCUGCAUAAAUGUAUUGAUAAAAUCAGAGACACUUACCGCAAUGAUUGGAAAGCUAAAGAAAUGCGCGUCCGUCAAAGAGCUGUGGCACUCUAUUUCAUUGAUCGACUUGCAUUGAGAGCUGGUAAUGAAAAGGAUGAUGAUCAGGCUGAUACUGUCGGUUGUUGCUCACUGCGUGUGGAACACAUUCAGUUAUUUAAGGAAAAAGAUGGUAAAGAACAUGUGGUCGUAUUUGAUUUCCUGGGUAAAGAUUCCAUUAGGUACUAUAACGAGGUGCCAGUAGAGAAACGUGUAUUUAAGAAUCUUGAACUAUUCAUGGAGAACAAAAAAGACAGUGAUGACCUGUUUGACAGACUCAACACGCAAACGCUAAAUGAACAUCUUAAAGAUUUGAUGCCGGGACUAACUGCUAAAGUGUUCCGUACCUACAAUGCAUCUAUAACACUACAAAAUCAAUUGGAUGAGCUUACUGAUGGUGACGCGUCAAUACCAGAGAAGAUAUUAGCGUACAACCGCGCCAACCGAGCCGUGGCCGUGUUGUGUAACCAUCAACGUGCUGUACCUAAGGGUCACUCUAAAUCAAUGGAAGCUUUGAAAGAAAAGAUUCAAGUGAAGCGUGAUCAAGUUGAUGAGGCGGAGCAAGAAUGCCGAGACGCCGCCAAGGCCGCCAAACGCGGAUCCGCAAAGGAGAGAAUUAACCACGAUAAGAAGAAAAAGGCUCUUGAACGUCUGAAAGAACAACUGAAGAAAUUAGAGCUUCAGGAAACCGAUCGUGAUGAAAACAAAACUAUUGCACUUGGAACUUCUAAGCUCAACUAUCUCGAUCCACGUAUUUCUGUUGCUUGGUGUAAGAAGCAUGGCGUGCCGAUCGAGAAGAUCUACAACAAGACUCAGCGCGACAAGUUCCGCUGGGCGAUCGACAUGGCCGGCCCUGAAUAUAUUUUCUAGGUGCAUGUAAUGCAUUAUUCGAGACGUUUUAGCUUCAAUUCACAAAUGCAGCUCGUCAAGUCCAUAAGGAAGGCUAUGAGUUGAAAAGGGUGUACAGUUUCAAUCAACCUACAAGCGUUCCAAUUUUUUACGUACCCUUUUAUGAACUAUUGACCAUAAAAAUUAAGUGUGAUGUUUUGUAGUAUUCCUAACAUUUUGGACCCGAAAAAUCAAAAUAUUGUUCCUCAAAAAAAGGAUCCAAAUUAGAAGUCUGAUUCUAAUUUAUUUUAUUUAGAAACAUUAGUUUCGACAUUAUGUUUAGUAUAGGCUUAGUUAAUUUAAUAUUAUAUACCUUCUUGCAAUCUGUUAUCAUAUGUAUAUCUUAGAUUUUCAAUAUAUUGUAUUUUAAAAAUACGCCUUUUAUUGGUGUGUAAUAAGUUUCAAGACAAGAUAGACUAGUAAUUAUUCAAAUAAAAAAGUGAGUAAGGCAGUUAGAGACUUUGUAUUUUUUUAUCAUAAUAACAAAAAGCUGUGAAUUAAGCAAUAGUUUUAAAUGGUUUCGUACUUUUAAUUUUUUAAGAGUGAAAUGGUUUAAGACUAGUGCUAUUAAAUAGAGAUACAUAUGUAUAUCUAAAUUAGCAGCGCGAUGAAAACGUCAAUGCAUUAUAUAUGAAGAUUACGUACUUUGGUUGGUGUAUCGAAACUAUCUAUCUACUUAAUAUGUAACUAUUUAAUGAUAUGUAAUAGGUAAAUUUAGCGUACGUGCUUUUAGAGUUCAUAGAUAGAUUACAUCAGUCGGAGUUAAGGAUAAUCUUCACGUGUGUACAGUCAGAGAUAAAAACAGUUGUUUUAUAUUUUUACGGCUCUUGACGGCUCGAAUCGUAACCAUCUGAACUGUGAUAAGGCUAACUAUUCACUGCUGAAGAUGUGAUUACCGUGUGUGAACAUGCACAAUGUGCAGUAGUUAUAUUAUCAGGGAUAUACACUAUGUAUGUAUUUUAUUUUUAUAUUAUUAAGAUCGAAUACAGUGGCAGAACAAAGCCGGAAAUGUUACGAAAGGUACAAUGUUAUAGAUAAAUUUGUAAUAUUACUUGUGUGUGUCUUGUAAAUAGAACAUUUUUACCAUGUCAUGAGAAUGUAAAAUGAGAUUAUCACAAAUAAAUAAAACAUUGACUCUAGGAAUAA